UGCAAGGAGAACAGCAUGAAAAAUUUAACAAGUUCUUUCAUAGAGGCGAUCCCAAUAAUUUUAUCAAACAGCAAGCACGGGAUCAACUCAAGAAAGAAUUAUGCGAAGAAAACCAGGUUGCCUUAAGUCUAAGGAUUUAA